UGACUCACAAUAAGCAAAUAGGAGUUAAGAGAAUCUCUAUCCAUUCGAACAAGGAACGCCUCUAUUUCGAACGUCCUACAUUUCCAAUUUCUAGUGAUGCUAUAGCAAUAAUAGCGAGAAGGCAUCGGAUAUUGUCACGUAGAGUGCAAAUAUCGGUGGAAAGGAAUAUUCGACGGUCGAAUCUCGGUCAAUUCGAGUCAUAACGGACUAUCAUAUGGCGGCACAGAGCAGUAGUUCGAUCGUAACAAGGAAUCGCACUAUCGAAUUUAACAGGCAACGGAUACGACGGUGAUAAUAGUCGAGGCGUCGAUCAUCGCAAUAAUAAUAGCAACACGCUAUCGACUGGCGUUAGCCACCACUGGCAACGUGGUCGCCAGUGUAGAGCAAAGUGAAGCGGGCAGAGGCGGAGGGGAGAGAGUCGACGCCGGUGGUUGGGGGCUGAUAUCUGGCUAAGCGCGGGCGCAGUUGGAUCGCGGUCUUCACCACGGCAGCAUUUCGCUCUCACAGAUCCCUUUACGCGCCACUCUUUCUUUUCUUCCUCUUUUUUCUCUCUCGAUUCUUCCUCGGACACCGUUCACUCCUACUUGCUCUUUUCGAUCGUCCACUUAUCCGCCUAUCCAUCUUACCGACUUUCUUCUUCCCCUCUCUGACCACCACUUAACCUCUCUCUCUCUAUCUGUCUCUCUCCCUUCCUUCCUUCCUUCCUUCCUUCCUUCGUUCCUUCCUUCCUUUCUUACUUACUUCAUAUACCACCAUGCCCAUCUCUGUUCUCCUCUCUGUCGCCUCGACGUGGCGCGACUAUUUCAUUUCAGUCGCUCCACUACCGGUGGCUCUCGCGGUAUUGCCCAUGCGUGUACACACACGCGACGAAACGUGGCUCACGAGGAACGGAGUGUGCGUGCCCAAUGACGAAUGAGUGGCACUUAAGGAGAAGCAUCACCGGUAGACUCGUGAUUGCGCGAGGCGAAUGUUCGCGUUACCGCAUCUCGGCACAAGAUGCACAAGUUUGUCACGUGGAAAUUCGAUUCACAAGGAAGGCCUCGAUUCGUGUGAAAGUUAUCCGAUGUGAAAAGAUUCGAAGAGAAAGUGUUUCGAUGAAAGGAAGUGUUUCGAUUCUUUAUUUAGAACGGAUUUCGAAAAAGUUAGGUUAUGUGAGAAUAAAGAAUUAUUGUGUAACUGUCGACCAUUUCUGUAAGUGAUUCUGCAAUUGAUUAAUCGUGUUUCGUUGCUUCGUAUUUUCUCGAUAUGAUGAUACAUUGAAAGUAGUGCGACGAUUCGUCCAAGGAUUCGUGAAAAAUAACUGCAUGAUCUGACAAGUAUGUUAAAUAUUUACGAGACAAAAACUUGUUAGAUUAAGAUUUCAACGUGAGAUUAUUUUAAAAAAUUAAAUCGCGUUACCGAUAUUCACGUGGUAGAUUUAUUGUUCCAGUAGUGCUGAUUUUAAUUCGUCAUAGCUGCGAACGUCUUUUUGUCGAUCCAUUUUAGUGCCUGGUUUUCCAUGACGGAUUCUAACGUUAAAUAGCGCGCUUCGUGAUUGGUUGAGUGUUUCGUUGAAGAAGGAAAGAUAUGUCGAAUAUAACGUUGAUUGAAGAUACGAGAUGGAGCGUGCUUAUUCGGAGACGGUGGAUGCUCGGUGAAGUGCGAGAAUGAAUUUCUCGGCGUCAAUUUUCAACGAGACGGGUUGGAAAAAAACGAGGGAAAUGCAGCGGAGAAGAAAGGAACGCGUGGCUUCGACACGAAUGCAAUAGACACCUUUUAUCGGUAACAGCGAGUCGACAACUGACACGACUAGGCAGAAAAGAUUCAUCGCUCCACUCGAGCUGGCGCGACUUUGAGGCCGGUAUCGCGAAAUGUACCGGAAACGAUGGACCGUGAAGGCGCUACGAAUGGAUUUAUGGUAUGGCGGCAACGGGGGUGGCUGGUGCGCCAAGGCUCUGGCCAAGAUCAUCUGCAUUUUCUUCUUCUCGAUACUGUUGCACGACGAGGCUGUGCGUAGCACGCGUUUGAUCGAGGCUGAUAACGAUCGUCUCCAAGAAUACGCCACUCCGGAUCCGAAUCCUUACUUCGACACUACGCGCGUGUCGAACGUGACGGGCCUCGUUGGAAAGACGAUUCAACUCGUUUGCAAAGUGAAGAAUCUUGGGAACAGAACGGUCUCGUGGGUUAGGCAUCGAGACAUUCACCUGCUGACAGUUGGUCGUUAUACUUACACGAGCGAUCAACGCUUCGAAGCAAUGCACACACCGCACACGGAGGAGUGGACGCUGAGGAUACGAUAUCCUCAGAAGAAGGAUUCCGGUAUUUACGAAUGCCAAAUAUCCACCACUCCUCCCAUUGGAUAUUCCGUGUAUCUCACCGUGGUCGAGCCGGUCACAGAGAUCGCCGGAGGGCCGGAUAUAUUCAUCAACAAGGACAGCACGAUAAACCUGACGUGCCUGGUCAGAUACGCUCCCGAGCCACCGUCCACGAUCGUUUGGAUCCACGAUCACAAAGCGAUUAACUUCGACUCGCCGAGGGGCGGGAUCAGCUUGGUCACGGAGAAGGGACCCGUGACUUCCAGCCGUUUACUAAUCCAGAAGGCGAUCGAGAGAGACGCCGGCCUGUACACAUGCUCGCCGAGCAACACCCACUCGAGCAGCGUGCACGUCCAUAUCGUCAAUGAGCAUCCAGCAGCGAUGCAUCACGGAAGCGGCGACAGAAUGGCUGCGACCCUACUUACCCUCAUCCUACUUCUUUUCAUGAUCAUUUAGCCAGCGUUCGGUUUUCAUGGAUAGUGAUUUUAACCGCGCAUUUCUGAAUCUGCUCAUCCGCUCUGAAAUUGAAUCAAUUUCUUUCGAUUAUCUAUCGUGUAUUAUAUUUAAUUUAAAAAAAAGAGAAAAAGAAUUUUUGAUCCUAGGAAAAAUACAAUUCUACGAAAUUUGAUCUUGAUGAGAGUCAGAAUAGAUUCUAUGGUUUAAAAUAAAAACGAAAAUAUAUGGAAUGAAUUUUUCAAAUAAAAAGUAAUAUAUAAUCAAAGAGUUAAGAUUCAGACAAUCGAUGAACUUUUAAAUUUGAUUUUCUUCUGAAAUUAUAUUCUGCAUUUCUUGCUUAUUUUCACAAUUAGAAUAAUUUUCUAUCCAGGUAAUUGAUUAAUUUCACUUUUGAAAAAUGUUCAAACUCGAUUUGCUCGAAGAAAACCGCGAAUCGAAUUUCCUUGUUCUUCAUUCUUGCCUUAAAUCUUUACCCAUAAAAAUCCUCCCUCCCCCCCUCCCAUAGAUCCCAUCUCGAAACAGUGGCCAUGAAUCACGGACCACCCAGUGUACAUACACGCACACGUAUGUAAUUUCACGAUCGUAACGAUGGAACGACUGGUAUCGACACUGGAUUUAAUUAAAUAAAAACACGUUGGAAACACGUUCGUCCUGUUGUGGCGUAACAAACUCGCUUCUUUCCACGUCAUCGAAAAGUUUCGCCAAUUCUAUACGUUUUAUCUCGAAGAGUGUAAGCGUCGAAGCGACUUGCCUCCCCGGCCAAACUUGUUACAUUUCUGUUCCUGUCACCGGGAAAUAGAAUCAACGCCACCCAGAACGAUGUAGAACGAGCGCAGAACCUUCGCGUCCCUUGCGGCUGUCUAAUGGAUUUACGAGAGAGGGAACGAAAUCCACGAUGUGAACGUGGAAUAUUAAUUUCACGGCGUGAUUCCGAAGAAUUGGAAUUAAUUUGGAAUACGUUGCGUAUCAGAUAGAUUUGCAAAAAUUUCCCUAUUCGUUAAUGAUUAGGGGAGAAAAGGGGGGAGAGAAACGUAAUUAAUAGGAAUGUAAAUAUAUGCGUAUAUAUAGGCACAUGUAUAUUUUUCCCUUACUUCGAAGAACUUUUAAUUUUUUUUACAUCAUUCUACUCUCAUCCUUCGUUCGCCUUAUUAUCAAAAGCGGAACGUACACGCUUGAAUUUCGCGCGACGAAUAUUCAUCGAGCACGAUUGAUUUCAAUUUUCAUCGUCGAUACGUAAGAUCGUUAUGAUUUUCUGCUUUACCGGCAGAGAUCGGGACGAGGAAAAGGUUACGUCUUACGGCUCGCAGCAACUAGCGGAAUUACUUUCCUCGCAACGAGUGAAUUUAUCGAUACGCGGAGUUUGUUAUUCGGAGUGUUUCGAGUAUGCAGAUUUGUUCACGGAUGUAGUGACGCGAUAAAUAUUAAAAAGGAGACGGUGGAUCGCGUCGAGAGUUUUAUGUUGUUUCGAAAAUAAAAAGAGGUUAUGUCGUCGGCGUUAAGGAUCGGUGCAACGAUGCGUUGCACGAGUUUAAGGAAGAAAUGUGUUACGGUGGAUUAAGGAAAGAAACGGCGGAACAGUUUAUCCGAAAGCUCGGCGGGGCUAUUCGUACUGAUUACCACUUAAUUCCCCUGUUUUUACGGAACCCUCUAAACCAUUGUGAUUACAGCCUAUUUCCGACCGGAGAGAAGUUACUGCCACUUUCCACGGAUACUUUUGCCUUGUCGACCGGGUAAAAGCAUGGUUAUAGAGCGAAUAAAGUGAAAUAUUCUGUCUAACCGAAGAAACGAAGUUUAAUUGUACGCUUGCGUUGGCGGGGAACUAGGUAACGCUUUUAAAGAAAAACCAACGAAUAAUUUUCACUAACUCUUUGUUAAAUCGCGUCAAGUUUCUUUCUCGUAAAUAUUUUUUGUUUAUCAAGAAAAUUUUAUGGUGGAAAAUAAAUAAUCGUGGAGGAAGGAAAGAUGGCAAUGUGAUUGAAUCAGUCGUGCGCGAAAUUUAAUAAAGUUGCUUCGAUAAUUUUUUGUUCAAAACAUAAUAAUAAUAAUAAUAAAAAUAGUGUCGAACGACCGAGGUUAUAACCUCGGAGAAACGGAUAAAUAUUAUUCGAGCGUUUUAAUAAAUAAUUACUUGAAGUAACUUUAUUCGAAAUUUUUCAUUUUUUCAAUGGAUUCUUUUUAGCGAUCCGCCAUUGCUCAAUUGUGUUUCGCAAAUUUUAAAAGUAAUUAAUUCGAAUUACCAUAUCUUUUACAAUAUUGAAAUAAUAAUCUUUCGUCGACAAUAUCGAUCACCUAGUUCUUCGCUACGAGAAGUGAAGUUUAAAUUUUGUUGUAUUACAAUUUUAUUUUUCGUUUCAUUAAUCUGUUUAAGAACGUAUAUUUUUCUUUGAGAGCAUGUAAAUAUAUCGUAUUGUAACCACCGUUACGUUCGCUCCAUGAACACGAAACGCAUUUGUUUUAUCCAAGGGACCAUGAUUGUUAAAGAAAGGCAAAGGAAGAAAAGGAACACGGUCUAAUUGUUCUCACCAACAGAUAUGUAAAUAAAUAUAUAUUUAAUUUUUCGAAAUAAGCGAAUGGGAAGAAAGGAUACGUUUGUAUCUUUUGUCGGCAAUCUCGUUUGCACGAGACGAAUAUUUCGUCUGAAUCACGGCACACGAAAUUGCAUUUCACGUUAACUCGCAUGUUGUAACAACACUAUGUUGUACCAUAGCUGUAAGCGUUUUUACGAAAGAGCGAUGAGAGUAUAUCUUGAAUAUGUAUAAACAUAUAAUAAUCAUUAAAAAAAAAAAAAGUACGCGAUACUCGUUAGUUUUGAAAAAAUUACAGGAACUAGCCAAUUAUUAUUAUAACUUCGUUUAAAAAAAAAUUUUUUACAAAUGUACAUAAAGUUAAGGAUCUUGAACUUUAUUAUAUCGUUGUAGCAAUUUAUUAAAUUAAGGAUGAAAUUUGA